AUUCAUCGUGUGCAAAUUAUCGUAUUUUAAUUUAUGGUGGUACUAGUUACAUAAAGUAUUUUGCUUUUUGAAAGUUCUGUUUCUGUGGUGUGAAUACGUGAAAGCAGUUGAAAAUUUCUCCAGGAGGUUUGGGUUGAAAUUUUGUCUUAAAGGAGAAUUAUUGAAAAUGGCUGAAAUCACUUCUGAUGUGUUCGACAUAUUUCAUCCGACUCCAGUUCCCCUGAGAGAGUUAUCAGCAAUCGUCAUUAGUCUCGAAAUAUGGCGCUGCGAAAUGAAUAAAUACCGUUCUAGCGGUUUGUUGAAGGACUUUUGUCCAUCUGGUCAAAGUAUCUCAUCGAAAACCAUGAUUCCCGAUUUGCCAUCUGUAAUUUAUCCCAUGAUAGAUACGUAUAUUGAAAGAUUUGCACUUUCAAUGAAUGACUGGCUGUGGAGACAUCAUCUAACAGUAUUUCAUCAUUAUUACUACUAUAAAAACUCUAUUUUGUAUUACUUCGAAGAUUUUGUAUGCGAUUACAACGGUACCAUUGAUUACGAGAGGACUUCCGAACGUAUGACGCAUUGUGAUCGAUUUGACAUACAUCAAAAGUUCUUAAUUGCUUGUACGUAUUGCUUAGAAGACGAUAUCGUACGAAUUUGGCCUGCACUUGGAUUGAAAAAGACGGACUUGCUGUAUAAAAGGUAUUAUGAAAAUCAGCAAUUCGCGUAUUGGAUUGAUUUUCUCGAAAAUCAUAUCAAGAAAACCGAUCCUACUAUCGAAGAAUGGGUGUUAAGUGACUUCACGCCUCACAGUAGAUCAUCGUUGGAAUAUUUUUGGAAUCUUACUUCAUCGGAAAAUUGUUUGCGGGCAGCUAUCGAACUUUGUGUUUAUGAUUUACCAUUGUUGGUUCGAUUCAUUUUACCAAAAUUGGACGAUCAACAGCUCAAUGAAUUUCUUCAUACAAAUGGUUGUGAAUUGUUGUACGCUUUGUUGAAAAGAUCUUGUUACGACGGAGAAUUCGUUCUAUCGGCGUGGAUUUGGGUUAAAAACAUGUUGAACGAGAUUGAUUUUACAAAUCUGAUUGUGAAAGUUAUGCAAAGCGAGGUUAGAGGAUACUGCGAGGUUUCCGAAUUGCAUCAAGAUGGCUGUACUUGGUUUGUGGACGAACAUGAAGACGAUCGUCGCGAAAUUGAUGAUGUUCUUCAAUUAUGUAUUGAAAUAUGGAACACGGCUGCGGAAAAUUUGAAAAGUUCGGCGGUUACAGACAUUACAUCGAAUACUAGAUUAUUUAAAGACAUAUUUACCUGGCUUGAACGCCCGCCGACCUCGGGAGAAUUCAAGUUAUCAUUGACUGUUCUUGCUUACGCCACCUACGAGCAGAGGAACGCUUUCUGGCAUAAUUGCUGGAAUGAUUUGAUUAUUGAAGCAUGGGGCGAAGGUUUACAUGAAAUAAUGCGACUAUGUUUACGAGACGAAGAUGAGAUAACUCAAUUUAAGACAAACGUUAUGGCCAAUGACGAAAAGGUACUUGGAUUUUGUGGAACGUUACUAGACGCAUCGAGUUUCGAUAAAUUGAAUGAUUUCGUGAGAUUUUUAUUUCCAGAAAUGCAAGCAGCGGUAAAUUUCAAACGGAUAAUAGGUUAUUACGAUUAUUACGAUUAGAUUUUCUCAAUGAUCGAUUUUCAAAUAUUCAAGAUUUUUGCUUUGAGAUCGUCCAGAAAGAAAAAGAAUUUAAUGAAAUUAUCAACUAUGCUUAUGACAAUGUCAAUCAGUAGAUAUACGGACUUUAAAAAUGUGCUUAUGUCGUCACCUUUCGUCUAAAAAAAUUUAUCAGUCAAUGUUUUAUUUGUACCUUAGCACAGCUUACUUAUUGAAUUUAUUGAUGCUUUUGUUUCGACUGAACGAAUUCUGGGCAAGGUGUCUAAAAGUCCUUUCGAUCCAGAAGGUCGGGUAAAGUUUGUCUUUUUACCUGUGGGUCUUUUUUUUUCAAAAAAGCCAGGAAAAAGUCGUUCUUUUUACCCGAAGGUCCUUCUUUUUACCGCAAAUUUUGAAAUAAUUCCGUCAUUUGAUCCAAAUUGAGCGAAUAAUGUAAUCUAAAUUUUUCAGAAUUUUUAAUUUUUUUAUUGAACGUCAAAAUAAUUGAAUAAUAAUAGCAAAGAAUUGAUUAUUUUGUUUCCAUUGUUUGAUGUAUUUUCGUGAUUAUUUUUUUUGUUUCUUUUACAAAUUGUACAUUUUUCAAUUUUUUUUUGACGAUCUUGUGAAAACGAAUGAGGUGAUGGAUGGGGGGGGGGGGGGAUAUCAGUACUUUUUCAAUUUUGAAAAUGUGCUUCUCUAAGUCCUUCCAAGGUCCGUAUUUUUAGUUUUCAGAUUUUUUCAGACACUCUGUGUGUAGUUGAAACUCGUAUAAUUAAUUUUUCAAAUAAUUAUAUGUAGAAGCAGCGAACUAUACAUCUAUAGUAUCGAAAUCUUCGUUCAUCUCUGUUUUAUUAUGGUGUUUGGAAAGUUCUGAGGAAGUUUGAAAAUUUGAGCUGAGCAAUUUAAUAAUCUAAAAAUCACCUCUAGUUGAACGAUUUUUCGUAAAAGUCGCCAUCUGGGAUGAUCUUUUCAAGCAAGUUUUUCACAUUCUGAUUAUCUGUUUAUUGUUCGUUCGUUCGUUUGUUUUUUUUUUUUUUAAUUUUUUCAUUUGAUAACUUUAAGUAUUUUAGUCUUGUGUAAAAAAUCCAUGAAUGUUAUAUGUACUCGUAUACAUGUCAAGUUUCAAUCAUGUAAAUCCGUAAUUAAAUUGCA